AACCCACUCACGACGCGCACAUUCUACACCAACACCUAUUUAAAAGUCAUUUUUAGCACGAGUUGAAGCUCACUCAGCCUGUAUUCGUCGUCGUUGCCCUUAUUCUUCAUUCAAAACAACAACUUCUGCAGCGAUUGCUUUGUUGCGCACACACGUGGCGGUGGUUCACGCGUUCCCAUUGACAUUGAAGCGAAUGCUGUGAAGCCGCACUGGCGAAUCGCGCCGUUCGGUGAAUUACUCGCCAAACGCAUCUCGACGAUGGCUCGUCGAGUGCUCAUGCCCAUUUACCAGUAUGGAAACCCUCAGCUGCGCGUCUUCCGCACCAACUUCUUCAUGACGAUGGUGCGGCCCGGGAAGGAGCUGCCUGAAGACACCGUGCAGUUCCGCGUCUCUAUGGAGAUGACCAAGUUCGACAUCAAAAACUACCUACAGAAAAUUUACAACGUCUCUGUGGCGGAAGUGAGGACGAGAAUCCAAUACGGCUCCAACAAGAAGAAGAACCACCUGAAUCAACACCUCAAGAAGCCCGACUACAAAGUGGCCUACGUGCAACUGGCUCAGGGGCAGACCUUCACCUUCCCCAACCUGUUCCCCGAGAAGGAGACCAAGGAGGAGGACCCCGAGUCGUUGGAAGCGUUUGAGCGGAUGUUCCGCGAGAACGAGGAGCAGAGGAAGAAGGGAGACCCGCGGAGGGGCAACAUGAACGAGUGGUUUAACAUAUGAAGGAGACCGACAACACCGCCGUCGAUAACGAAGUCCACUUGGGCGUGCCGGAAAAGUAAAAUGACGAGCGCUAGCGGAUUGUACGCUCAAUGUGUAAAGCAAUUUUAUAUAUUAAACUAAAUUAGCGGAGAAAGAAGUGUAUGUUGAACUUAUUUCGCGCACCAUACUUAGCCAACCGUGGUGAUCGGAGGUGUGGGGGAAGCACAGAGGGCGGGGAAGGACAACAAAUUUGGCAGUUAAGGACACGUGAUGUUGUUGUGGUGUGGGCGCUAUGUCUCGGCGUGCGUGUGUGUUAUACUGUAUUCUCUCGGGAUCAUAAGACGCUCCGGAAAGUUCGAUGCACGGUGUCAACGAAGUUCAACAAACUUGGUCACAGACACGUCCUCUCGGUUUGCAAGACAAACCCCAAACUUUUGCUUUCAAAUAGAGGGGGGAAAAAAGUGCACCUUAGAAAUCCGCGAUAACUACGGUACGUUUGUGUGCAAGACGACCGCGGUAAUAAUUAUUAAGAAUAAAAAUCUUGAUGACCUUCA